AUGUCAGGAUACCCAGGCCAAUACGGAGGAUACCAAGGUGGCCCGCCGCAGCAACAGUAUGCCCCUCCUGGCGGCUAUUAUCCUCCUCCACAGCAAGGAUACAACGGCUACCCCCCCGCAGGAUCGGGAUACGGAUACCAACAGCCCUCGCCCCAACCAUAUGGUUAUAACCAGCCUCCCCCACCACAGCAAUAUGGUGGCUACCAGCAGCCUCCGCAGCCCAACUACAACAGCCGCCCAGGCGUGCCAACAGCGAACUCGAAUGCGUACAUGCACGGAAACCACCAUGCCCCUCCGCCUCCGCCAUCCGCACCGCAGCAGUUCGGACAUGGCGCACCCAACGGAUAUGCCUUCCAGUAUUCUAACUGUACGGGCCGGAGAAAAGCGUUGCUGAUUGGAAUCAACUACUUUGGACAGCGCGGCCAACUGCGCGGAUGUAUCAACGAUGUCAAGAACAUGUCGGCAUACCUCGUUGAUCGCUUUGGUUAUAAGCGGGAGGAUAUGGUCAUUCUUACCGAUGACCAGCAGAACCCAAUGAGCCAGCCCACGAAACAGAAUCUUUUGAGAGCCAUGCACUGGCUUGUGAAAGACGCAAGACCCAACGACUCUCUUUUCUUCCACUACUCAGGCCAUGGUGGGCAAACAAAGGACCUCGACGGUGACGAGCCUGAUGGGUAUGAUGAAGUCAUCUAUCCUGUAGACUUCCGCCAAACGGGCCAUAUCACGGACGAUGAGAUGCAUAGAAUCAUGGUGAAACCUUUGCAGGCCGGCGUGAGACUCACUGCCAUUUUUGAUUCUUGCCACUCGGGCACUGCCCUCGAUCUGCCCUACAUUUACUCAACUCAGGGUAUUCUCAAAGAGCCCAACCUUGCCAAGGAGGCUGGUCAAGGACUUCUCGGCGUUAUUUCGUCAUACAGUCAAGGCGAUCUCGGCGGCGUUGCAAGCAAUAUCAUGGGCUUUUUCAAAAAGGCCACGACUGGCGAGGAUGCGUACAACCGUACAAUGGCUACCAAGACAUCACCCGCCGACGUAGUCAUGCUGUCUGGAAGCAAGGAUGACCAAACUUCGGCCGAUGCAACGAUUGCUGCUCAAGCCACCGGCGCAAUGUCCUGGGCUUUCAUCACGGCUCUGAAGAAGAACCCUCAGCAAAGUUACGUGCAACUUCUCAACAGCAUCAGAGACGAACUCUCGACUCGCUACACGCAGAAACCUCAGUUGUCCUGCAGUCACCCUCUGAACACCAAUCUCCUGUUCGUCAUGUAA